GUUUUUGGAUGAUUCCCAGAAGAUUUUUGUGGUUGAUAUGCUGAAAGACUAGACUGCCUGCGGAGAGGACUCCAUUUUAGAAGGAACUGCAGCUACCUGCAAAAGUCAUCCGGGAAGGCGCUGUUUAACCUGAGUUGCAGCCAUCUAAAUCUUGCUGAAAAGGAAUAUUUUGGAUUAGAAUUCUGUAGCCAUUCUGGAAAUAAUGUCUGGUUGGAACUUCUGAAGUCCAUUACGAAGCAAGUAAAAAAUCCUAAGGAGGUUGUUUUCAAAUUUAUGGUGAAAUUUUUCCCAGUGGACCCUGGACAUCUGCGAGAAGAGCUUACAAGGUAUCUUUUUACUCUUCAAAUAAAGAAGGAUUUGGCUCUGGGAAGGCUUCCAUGCAGUGACAACUGUACAGCGUUGAUGAUCUCUCACAUCUUACAAUCAGAACUGGGAGACUUUCAUGAAGAAACAGAUAGGAAAUAUUUGGCACAAACCCGGUACUUACCGAACCAAGACGAUAUAGAGAGCAAGAUCGUGCACUUCCAUCAGAAGCACAUUGGCAAGAGCCCAGCUGAAUCUGACAUUCUGCUACUGGACAUAGCGAGGAAGCUGGACAUGUACGGCAUCAGGCCACACCCCGCCAGUGAUGGUGAAGGGAUGCAGAUCCAACUGGCUGUUGCUCACAUGGGUGUACUGGUGUUACGGGGAAAUACAAAGAUCAAUACUUUCAACUGGGCUAAAAUCCGCAAGUUGAGUUUUAAGAGAAAACAUUUUCUCAUCAAACUUCAUGCCAACAUCUUGGUGUUGUGCAAGGAUACCUUGGAGUUCACCAUGGCCAGCCGAGAUGCCUGCAAGGCUUUCUGGAAGACUUGUGUGGAGUACCAUGCUUUCUUCAGACUUUCUGAAGAGCCCAAAUCAAAGCCCAAAACCCUACUCUGCAGCAAGGGUUCCAGUUUCCGCUACAGCGGAAGAACCCAAAGGCAACUUUUGGAAUAUGGGAAAAAGGGGAGGUUGAAGAGCUUGCCGUUUGAAAGGAAACAUUACCCAUCACAGUACCAUGAACGACAGUGCAGGUCCUCACCAGACCUCCUCUCCGAUGUGUCAAAACAAGUGGAAGAUUUGAGACUAGCCUAUGGCAGCGGGUACUACCGAAAUGUGAAUGGAGUGCACGCCUCUGAGCCUGUGCUGGACAGCAGGAGGAGAAACUCUGCCGUGGAGGUGACGUUUGCAGCCGAGCUGGAGCAUUCCAAACCAGAGGCAGAUCCCACAUCACUACAUCAGUCCCAGAGCAGUUCCUCGUUCCCUUUUAUUUAUACAGACCCUGUCUUUACCACUGACCCCGAUCCUGACUACUUUGAGGAAAGGAGUCCUUUAAGCUCCUUCCAAACAAGCUGUAAGUUUGCUGACAAUCACACGAGCACAUCUUCUGGCCUUACAAGCAAAGUGAGUCCAGCAAGGCAGCUAACUUACACAGAUAUUAUGCCUCCUCAAGUCUUCUUUUAUGUGGACAGACCACCCCAGGUGCCCAGACAGUCUCCAAUCACGGCAGAGGAAAGGGAAAGGCCAGACAGCUGUCUACAGCCUACCGCAAUGAAGCCAGCCAAAAGAAGCCCAGGGAACCUCAGAAGGAAGAGCUUUCAGCAAGACUUCCAAGAACUCCAAGAAGCUAUGGCCCAAACUACUGGCUGGAGCAACCUCAAUGUAGAUCUAGAAGAGGAAGAUCCAAAUUUAGAAGAUGCAUUUGCAUAUAACAUUCAAGAGCCAACCCCUAAACGGUCCCAGAGCCAAUCAGACAUGAAAACGAUCCGUUUUCCUUUUGGAUCAGAAUUUAGACCUUUAGGGCCUUGUCCUGCUCUGAGUCGUAAAGCUGACCUGUUUACAUAUAUGUUUGCAGAGCAGGAGUUUCCAACAGUUUUAAUGGAUCAGGGAGCAACAGAAGGGUAUGUAGCUAGUGAAUCCAGUGAUUCUGAACCAGAGAUUCUUAAACCAGACUACUACUCUUUGUAUGACAAAGGAAUAAGUUCACCCAUGGCCAGAAUCCGCUUGUCUUCUGGUAGUCUACAGCUAGAUGAAGAAGAUGAAGAUGUUUCUUUCAAUACAUCAAGUGCUGAAGAUAGGACUUUGUGAAAAGCAUGUAAUUACUUUUUAGCUUAAAAUGUGAACCCUAUGAACAUUUCCAGGCCAAUUCCAUGUUACUAACUUAGGUGAAACAUAAGGAACCUUCUGCAAAAACCACUUUCUUUGUUACUAUUCAUUGGUAUUAAGGGACUCUUCUAAGCUUAGGCACUUAGCUUAUGAAAGAUCCAGCUCUGCCCCGUUCCUCAAGCCUCACUCCUCUAUCCCCUCUGAAUCAUUCUGGAACAUGCCCUUUCCUCACCAGCCCCGUAGCAGAGUGAAGUGGGUAUUUGUCAUCUCCAUUAUACAUUUCCCCAAAGAGACAUUAUAAACGAAGGUCAGGCUCUUCAACACCGAAGAACAGUGACAGUAUGGAUUGACCUAUAGAAUUGGCUCCUGAUAUCAUUUAGCGACUUAGUAGACUGUGACUGUGUUGGUCAUUUUGUUCUUAAACAAUACUACAACUAAAGGUUUCAGUCCUCAUUAUUCGUGUGGGACCCAGUAAAAAUGGCCCUGUUUUAUGUUAAAGACUUCAAUUUUUAUAACAUAUGUUGGGGGGAGCAUGGCUCUCCUAUAUUUCAGGAACAAGAAGGAACAUAGAUCCUCUCAACAGAACACCAGUUUAUAAUUAACCUAGGACUUGGCAGAAUUCUAAACCUCGGAAAUUCAGGAAUUGAUCAAUUUCUAAAGCCAGACAUCUGCCUGAUGGGGAUAAUAUGAUGUUUGACUUAUUCUCUAUUCUUAACUAGCUGUAAUAUGUAGUGAAAGAUAAAAGUUAACAUGUUGGUCUGUUUAUGUGAUCUCUCCUGCAAGCAUUUUUUUUGGCCAUAUCUUGUUGCGUGCAUGUAGGCAAGGAAAUGAGAUGAAUAGCAUUUUAAUAAAGAGUGAUGGAAACCCAUUUAUUUGAAAAUUAAGUUGUAAGUAUGAACUUCAUUUUGUUUCAGUCAAUUUCAGAAGUGAUUGGCUCUAGCCUAUAAUUAAGGGAAGGGACAUUUAGAGAACAAGGAAAAGGAGGGAAGCAGGUAAAAAUGUAUAGUCAGGGAUGGAGAAGUGGUAGAAUUGGGGUAGCUGAAAAAAAAAAGGAUAGUACUCCAGACUGAGUUAAUGAACCAAAAUUCUAUUCUUGACCCAUUCAAAAUUUCUCUAUUAUUUCCCUUGGAAGGUAUAGCAUUCUAUUUGAGAACUAUUUAUUUUCUUUAUUGGUUUUAAUGGUAAGUAAAACAUAUUUACAAGAUAAUGUUAGGUAGUGACUUCAAAGAAAUGAUGCAAUUAUGUAAGCAAGCUAUUUUUAUAUAUGACUGAAUGGAGAAAAGAUGCAUGGAAUAGUUUUCUUACUCUCCUAGUCUUUACACCACAAAAAUCCCUUUGAAUAUACCUCACUCUACCUCUUUCCAACAUGCUAGCACUUUCCUUCCUGCUCCUGGAAUCGAAUCCGGUAACUCACAAGUCUAGAAUAGCUAUUUAAUAAUAAGAAUAUAUUGAAACCCAAUCACCUAUAUAUUAAUCCUAUAGAUACUCAAAGCUAUAUUAAGUUCAUCUUUGACCUUUUCUCCAGGAAAAACUCAGAUUCUUUUAGGAUUAUAUGCUAUUUCUCAUCUCAGUUUCUAGAAAUCUUUGUGAAAUUUGUUUCCCCCAGAGAAAUACAGCGUUCAAAUCUGUAUAAAAUUUCCUAAUAAAACUAUAACUAGGGUGACCAUAAAGUUUAUUGUGUAACCUAGGAAGGAUACUUUUGAGUGAAAGAGAACUCUAUUAAUAAUUUUGUCAGGACAGGAGGCAGAAAUCAGGACAUAUUCACUGGAGCUAUAAUCAAUGUUUAAUAAAAUAUGGAGAAUACCUUCUAGUUUCCAAUGGAAACACUGGUGUUAAAGUU